AUGCGCUGGAAAGAGACGGCGCGUUGGAUCAAGUUUGAGGAAGACGUGGAGGCAGAGACGGAUCGCUGGGGUAAACCGCAUGUGGCCACGCUGUCCUUCCGUAGCCUGCUGGAGCUCCGCAGGACCAUCACACAUGGUGCCAUAAUGCUAGAUCUGGAUCAAACCACACUUCCUGGCAUCGCCCACUUGCUGGUGGAAACCAUGAUAAUCUCAGACCAGAUCAGAGCCGAAGACCGAGCCAACGUGCUGCGAGCCCUGCUGCUUAAACACAGUCACCCCAAUGAUGAGAAAGAAGGCCUUUUCCAUCGGAACCACUCUGUCAACAGUCUGGGCGGCUUUCGUCACAACCACAAUCACGUUCACGACACCAGCCUGCCCCUGGUAUCCCAGGACCACGAGGAGAUGCACGACAGUAAAGCGGCAGAACAUGAUAAAGAGAAAAGCCUCCACCCUGUCCCAGCUGAGGGACACGCUGCCGCCAGAUCUAUGAAACUCCUGGCAAAGAUUCCCAAGGAUCCCGAGGCCACUGUGGUCUUAGUGGGGUGUGUGGAGUUCCUAGAGAAGCCCGCGAUGGCCUUUGUCCGGCUGAACGAAGCUGUGCUGCUGGAGUCCGUUCUGGAAGUCCCCGUCCCGGUUCGGUUCAUCUUUGUGCUGCUGGGCCCCACGCAGACCAACAUGGACUAUCAUGAGAUUGGACGCUCCUUCUCCACCCUCAUGUCUGAUAAGAACUUCCAUGAAGUCGCGUACUUCGCUGAUGAUCGACAGGACCUGCUUAAUGGCAUCAACGAGUUCUUAGACUGCAGUAUUGUAAUUCCACCAUCAGACGUUGAGGGAAAAGACCUGCUGAAGACUGUGGCCUCCUUCCAGAAGCAGAUGCUUCGUAAGCGCAAGGAGAGGGAGCUUAAAAAAUGCGGCAGUACUGUGACGGGAGCUGAGCUGGAGACCAAAGGUGAAAUAUUUUCUGCAUUUGUGAUUACAUUUUCAAGUUUGUCUCUUCUGUUAAUGUUGACCUGUUCUGUUUAUGUUGUAGAUGUGAGUACGGAUGAACAGGAUGAGGAGGAUCAGUUUGAUGUUGACCCUCUCAAGCGCUCUGGUAUUCCCUUUGGAGGUCUGAUCCACGAUAUCCGCCGCCGUUAUCCACGCUACAUAAGCGACCUGAAGGAUGCCAUGGACACACAAUGUUUUGCUGCUGUCAUUUUCAUUUACUUUGCUGCUCUUUCACCCACUAUCACCUUUGGAGGUUUAUUAGGUGAGAAGACACAAGGCAUGAUGGGAGUCUCUGAGCUCAUCAUCUCCACGGCGACAGUGGGAGUGCUGUUCUCCCUGCUAGCAGGACAGCCUUUGCUCAUAAUUGGCUUCUCUGGACCACUUUUGGUCUUUGAGGAGGCUUUUUAUAAGUUCUGCCAGGCGCAGGGCUUCGAAUAUCUCACGGGCCGAGUGUGGAUCGGGUUCUGGCUCAUCUUCAUUGUCCUAGUGAUCGUGGCAGCUGAGGGAAGCUUCCUUGUGCGCUACAUCUCUCCAUUCACCCAGGAGAUCUUUGCGUUUCUCAUCUCUCUCAUUUUCAUCUAUGAAACCUUCUCUAAGCUAAUUAAGGUGUUUCAAGAGCACCCUCUGAUGAAGAGCUACCCUCCAGCUCCUGUACUGCCUGCCUUCAAACCCAUAGACCCUCAAGGGCAUAGUGUGAUUGGGAAACCCAUCCUCAACCAGCCAAACACAGCCCUGCUGUCCUUAGUGCUCAUGAUGGGAACCUUCUUUGUGGCCUUCUUUCUGCGAAAAUUUCGUAACAGCAGAUUCCUUGGUGGAAAGGCCAGACGAAUUAUUGGUGAUUUUGGGAUUCCUAUCUCUAUACUCAUCUCUGUGCUGGUGGACUGCACCAUUCCUGAUACAUACACACAGAAGCUGAACGUCCCCUCUGGUUUCUCGGUCACAUCUCCGGACAAACGGAGCUGGUUUGUCAGCCCGUUUGGAGAUAAACAGCCUUUCCCUGUUUGGAUGAUGGGGGCCUCAGUGAUCCCGGCACUGCUGGUUUUUAUCCUGAUAUUCAUGGAGACUCAAAUCACCACCUUGAUAGUGAGCAAGAAGAAGCGGCGUUUGGUCAAGGGUUCUGGCUUUCAUCUCGACCUGCUUCUGAUAGUGACUUUGGGAGCUAUCUGCCCGCUCUUUGGUCUGCCCUGGCUGACUGCCGCCACUGUGCGCUCGGUGACUCACGUGAAUGCACUGACAGUCAUGAGCAAAGCCACUGCCCCCGGAGAGAAGCCCAUGAUCCAAGAAGUUAAAGAGCAGAGGGUGACAGGGAUGUGUGUGGCUAUCCUAGUGGGGUUGUCUAUAGUGAUGACAGAUGUGCUGCGACAUAUUCCUCUGGCUGUGCUGUUUGGAAUAUUUCUGUACAUGGGCAUCACGUCUCUUACUGGUAUCCAGCUUUAUGAGCGAAUCACACUCAUGGUCACACCCGCUAAACAUCACCCUGACCACAUCUAUGUUACCAAGGUGAAGACAUGGCGUAUGAAUAUGUUCACCAUCAUUCAGUUGUUGUGUAUCACCCUGCUGUGGGUGGUGAAGUCGACUGUAGCCUCUCUGGCUUUUCCCUUCAUCCUAAUCAUGACCGUACCUCUGCGUAGACUCAUCCUGACCAGGAUCUUUGAGGAGAGAGAGCUUGCAGCGUUGGAUGCUGAUGAGGAUUCGCCCAAUUUUGAUGAAGAUGGACGCGAUGAAUACAAUGAGAUCCACAUGCUUGUCUAGACGCAGGUCACAUGGCUCACCUCUUCACUGACCAGGUCUCUGGAUAAUGGGAAAGAUGUACGGAAUCGGAAGAACUCUGAUGCACUGCCCUCUUUCAGAAUUAUUUCAUGUGUACUUUGAAAUUUUGUAAACCUCCAUUAUAAAUAGAAUUACAGAUCAUGUUUUGGAUACUAUUAUUAUUUUUCUUUUUUUCUCUUUGUUUUUUUUUUCCUCCAAAAUGUGGCCUACAUGUUUGUCUGCUGCUGCCCAGUGACCUUUGAAUAUAAGAUUAGAUACAACCCGUGCACCUUAUACGAUCUCCCAAAGUGCAAUGAUGGUGAAACUAAUCCAAUAGGUUGGUUCUUACACCCCCUAUUCACCCCAUCCGAAUGCACUGCACCCAUCCGGACCAGACCUACUGCCUGUAGAUCUUAGUUGCCUUGUACUGUACUGUAGGUAUUGACCACAGGGUCUGAAUAUUACAGUAGCACGACCCCUCAGUGCCCUUAGAGUGGUCAGUCAUUUUGCUGUGCAGUUCCGUUGCUUGAAAACAGUAGUGCAGUCCCUUUAGACAUACUUUAUGCAGUAGUGCUAUUACUUUGAUCA